UUGUUAUACUUUUACAUUACUAAGCGUUUUGGUUUUUGCAAAAAUGGCUACCCCUAAGGAAAGGUCACUGGAGGAAACGCCAACAUGGGCUGUUGCAGUUGUGUGUGCAAUAUUUGUGAUCAUAUCUAUAUUCAUAGAACAUGGAAUUCAUUCUCUGGGAAAGUGGUUUCAAAAACGCCAGAAGAAAGCCAUGAUGGAAGCUUUAGAGAAAAUAAAAGCUGAGUUGAUGCUACUGGGAUUCAUAUCCUUACUACUUACUAUAGGAACAUAUUCCAUUCCAGCGAUAUGUAUCCCAGAAAAGAUAGGAUAUACGAUGCUUCCAUGCAAACGGAAGCCUGGGUAUGCAGGAGAUAGUGGUAAAGAUAGCAACAAAGGGGGCGGAGGCGGCGGCGAUGAAGAUCGCCGGAGAAAGUUACUUUCUUAUGCUGAAGAUAUGGUUUGGCGUCGAGUCUUGGCUUCAUCCAAAGGAAAAGAUUCUUGCCCUAAAGGUAAAGUUGCCCUGAUUACACAAAGCGGGAUGCACGACUUGCACAUAUUCAUAUUUGCGCUUGCUGUCUUUCAUGUUCUUUACAGUGUAGCCACCAUUCUACUGGCUAAGGCCAAAAUGAAGAAAUGGGAGUCCUGGGAAUCAGAAACUAAAACUCUCGAGUAUCAGUACAGAAAUGAUCCUUCAAGGUUCAGAUUAACCCAUCAAACUUCCUUCGUCAAACGUCAUUCUGGUUUCUCCACAAUUCCGGGCAUGAGAUGGAUAGUGGCCUUCUUCAGGCAAUUCUUUGGUUCGGUGAGCAAGGUGGACUAUUUGACCAUGCGCAAUGGCUUUAUCAACGCACAUUUUGCGGCUAACACAAAAUUUGACUUCCAUAAAUACAUCAAAAGAUCCAUGGAAGACGAUUUCAAAGUCGUUGUCGGUAUCAGCACACCUCUGUGGGCAUUUGCUAUCAUCUUCUUGCUUCUAAACGUUUACAAAUGGCAAACUCUCACCUGGUUGUCUUUAGUCCCACUGACUAUACUUGUAUUGGUUGGAACAAAGCUUGAACUGAUCAUAAUGGAAAUGGCGGAAGAAAUCCAGGAAAGGAGUGCAGUGGUAAGAGGGGCACCAGUGGUGGAGCCAAAUAACAAGUAUUUCUGGUUUAAUCGACCCCAGUGGAUUCUCUUCUUGAUACAUUAUACAUUAUUUCAGAAUGCAUUCCAGAUGGCAUAUUUCCUUUGGGUAGUGUUUAAGUACAGCCUAGGUUCUUGUAUCCACGAGAAACCGUACUUUGUAGUGGGAAGGGUUGUUCUUGGGCUGUUCCUUCAAAUUCUAUGCAGCUACAUUACCUUCCCGCUGUAUUCCUUGGUGACGCAAAUGGGAUCGCACAUGAAAACUGCAAUUUUCGAAGAGCAAACAGCCAAAGCUCUGAAGAACUGGCGGAAGGCUGCCAAGAAGAGAAACAAGCAGAAGGAAAAGGAAGGAGGAGGGAUGAGUAGCCCAAUGUCGGUGUCAAUGAGCGGUAAUACCACACCAAGCCGAGGGACAUCGCCUUUACACUUGCUGCACAAUCACAAACAUAGGUCCACCGCCAGUGAUCAAACCGAUGGGGUUCUUAAUUCCCCCACCCAUUCCAACUUCUCUUACCCCUCCGACACUGAUCUCUCUGAUAUUGAAGCUGCCGCACUUUCUCCUCCUCAACAUUUAACACAACUUGAUGAUGAUGAUCAUCAUCAACAUAAUAUUGAUUUUUCCUUUGUCAAGCCUUAA